GUGUUGUUUAUUUAGAUCGAGUCAGAAGCACACGACACGAACAAUAGGCUAAUAUUUAGUGACGCUAUUCCUUUGUCAGGAUUGUGUCUGUUACUGGGCGAUCUGUGUACUUCAUUACAUUACCGCUGGAUUCACUGCCUCCUUAUGCUGGAAUAACAUAUAUCAGAUGAGUUACCGGUCGUGCGAUCGCACCGCGUUGUCGAACUUUAAUUAGACAAGAGUUAUCAUUCAUUAGGCUACACACUCUAAUGUGAAUGAAUGAUAGAGCAAUGGCUCUAGAUGUCGUUAUUAAUGUCAAUGAGACAUCAGACGGCGAUGACGAGGACUGGACUGGUGGUAGUGGUGGAAGCGGGGACUACCACUCGCCAGACACCACAUUUAAAUCUACUUUACCGCCAUCCUUGCCAAGGACAUUGCCCAUCUCAGACCUGACCCUCAGCAUCAUCAUAGCUUUGGUAGCUGCAGUUGUGGUGUGUUUGCUGAUCGUGCUGGUCUUCUGGUGCAGGAGGAGACGGAGCAAACGAAACAGAAUGCCAAACCAAAUGGCCGUGUCCUUUGUUUCCACCAGUACAAGUACAGUUCUAUGCUCAGCUACUAACGACCGAACUUUCAACAAAUGGGACAGUAGAGGGAAAGAGUUGACUUUUAAUAACACAACAAAACCAGGACCAUCGCGCUACGAUGAUUACUCACCAAAUGACUUCAAUCCCGAUGAUUAUCUUAAACCAGAAGUGCAUCAUUAUGAAAAGGUUGUUUAGCGAAACGGCGAAUGGAAACUAGUCAGAACUCUUCAAAGAAACCCAAAAAGAAAAUAAAAAUGUCAUUUACUAUCAGAACGAAGCAACGACGCUUCUUACUGUCCAGAACGUGAAAGAUUCAACUUCAGAUAGUAACAAUCAAUGUUUCGAUGGUGUGUGUACAUAUGCCUUUGUGUGUGUGUAUAUAUAGGCCUACUUUACAUCAUUUAAUGAAAGACAAUUAAUAGCUUGAAAAAUUCUCCAUAAAACUAGAUUUGAAGCUUCUAAAAAAUGAUAAGAAAAACUAGACCUCCACAUUGUCAAGAUCUCUGCUGACGUAGCUAAAAGCUACUUAUAACGUAACUAGAAUUAACAGGAGUAGACUAUUAGGAUGUAUAUGUCUAUACAUUAACAUCGAAUUCUCCAUAAAGAUUUCUUUAUUGGACAUUUUCAUCAAUUGCAGAAAAAACUAUAAAUAGCUAGCGUAUUGUUGUAUCCGGUGACAAAAAUAAAGGAAGUCUUGAUGUUUUGUACAAGUUAUCUCCCUUUUUGCGCGCUCUUUCUAGCACUGCAGAAUCAAAUUGUCUAAACUUGUAUGUUUUACCUCCAUUCCAUUUUAAUUUAGUUGGCAACACUGAAGUUCAAUUGAACCUCCUUGACAUUGUUAAGUUAAUCGUCUCAAGCAUGCUGGGUAAAAUGUUGGCGGAGAUUUCAAGUAGCCAGUAUUAUUGUAGGUCUAGUUAUUUACAAGAGACUUGAGUGUGUCUGAUCAAGCUAGAUCCUCGGCUGUCAUUUCAUAUCAAUUAACAAAAUGUAUUAAGAUUUGAUGUCGUUUCGGAUCAAUUAACAAAAUGUAUUAAGACCAUCUCUUGUGAUCACUAAAUUUGUUUUAAAAGUUGUCUUUUUCUAUUAAGUUAUUUAACUUAGUCCCUCAAAACAUCUUAUUUUAAUGACUUGAUUUUAUAUGUCUAAAUGUUAUUUGUACAUUUGUAUAAUAAUUUAUUUGUUGAGAACAGCUUCUCAUUUGAUCUUUGGUUUAACUCUAUGCUCAAAGAAUGAGCAAUAAAUACAUGUAUAUUCAUGCA